AUGCUUGCCAGUGUGUCAGUGAGCAAGGAGCCAUGUGCCCACACUGCUCCAGCCGCAACGACAGCACUCGCACCGCAGAUCACGCGACUCCUUUCGUUGAAGACAUUCGACUUGCCGCAACAGCAAGCAGACGACCUCACGCACUCGGCAUCGGCGGUGCUACCCACUCCAACGUCAGACAUUCUGGGCGGACAUCCACUGAGGAUCCUCGUGGCACCGUCAGGGUUUAAAGAGAGUCUGGGCCCAGAACACGUAGCUGAUGCGAUUGAGGAAGGCAUCCGGAAGGUGCUCGAUCGCAGUUCCGUUAUCCUGCGCAAACUUCCUCUGCAUGACGGUGGAGAAGGGUUUGCUCGUGCCUUGGUAGCGGCCCAUGGCGGAUCUAUCGUCGACGUGCCAGUCACCGGCCCUACUGGAUCGGCGGUCGAAUCGCACCUUGGUUUUAUUGGCAAGGACAAGAAGACGGCUGUUUUGGACAUGGCGGCAGCGGCAGGCCUCCGCUUGGUCCCGAAAGAUGAACGCGACCCAACGAUCACCACUACUUAUGGGGUGGGACAGCUUAUCAAGAGAGCGCUUGAUGCAGGGUCCACAAAGAUCAUCAUUGGCUGUGGAGAUUCGGGAACCUCAGACGGAGGAGCUGGAAUGCUCCAGGCGCUCGGUGUCCGGUUACUUGAUGAAGAUGGCGAGGAGUUACCCAAGGCCGGCGGUGGUCGAUCGUUAGCACGCCUAGCCAGCAUUUGCUGGGCUGAUGCGCAUCCUCGACUACAAAAGAAUGCUGUCGAGAAGGUCCAGAUAGAGGCCGUAUGCAACAUCAAGAAUGUGCUCUGUGGUUCCAAAGGAGUCGCGCGAGUGUAUGGGCCGCAGAAGGGAGCUACGCCUGCUCAGGUCGAGAUGCUCGCGACAUCGCUUGAAAGGCUGGCGCAGGUUGCUCAGUCGACGCUUGGAGAGGACAUCUCUCAGACCCCGGGUAGCGGUGCCAGUGGAGGUCUCGGAGCAGGUUUGAUGUUGCUCGGCGCUACAUUGCGUGCCCGCGCCGAAGCCAUCAACGAGUACUUUGAAUUCGACCGGGUUUUCGAGAAUCAGUGGGAUUUCGUGAUUACGGCGGAGGGCGCUUUGGAUUUCCAGUCACCAAACGGAAAGAUGACGACAGAGAUUGCUCGUCGCGCAAAGCGGAACGGGGCGCAGGUGGUUGCACUAGCUGGUACCAUCGGGGAAGGAGCAGACGGCUGUUAUGGUGCAGGCAUCAAAGCCUUCACGAGCAUCCUCAGGGGGCCAGUAACCCUGGAACAGGCAAUCGUCCAGACUGAGGUAUUGGUCGAAGACGGCGCCGAGAAAGUGAUGCGCAUGAUCAUGGUAGGGUUGGCUCUUGGACGGCACCGCUGA